GCGCGCUCCCGCGUCUGUUGCGGUCAGAUCAAGAGAGGUCAUCCACGUGUCACACUAUUAUAAAGAUGGCGUUUAUGAAAGAGGAGAAAGAAGAAGUGAAGAUUGAAGAAACAUUCAGAGUCAAACAUGAAGAUACUGAGGAACAAACAGAUCUGUUGUCGCUGAAAAAGGAGAGCCAAGAACUGAAUGAAAUAAAACAUGAUUUCAUGACAUUAGAAAAAGUCGUACACACUGAAAAGACUUCCUCACUUAAUAGAGCUCAGAAAACCAAAUCGAACAACUAUUUCACCUGCCAAGAGUGUGGAAAGAGAUUCACUCAAAAAGGAAAACUUGAAAAACACAUGGAAAUUCAUUCUGGAGAGAAGCCGUUCACCUGCCUAGAGUGUGGAAAGAGCUUCAACCAAAACAUACACCUACAAACACACAUGAUAGAUCACAACAAAGAAAAGCCAUUCACCUGCCACGAGUGUGGAAGGUGUUUUAAUCAUAAACAUAACCUUAAAGUCCACAUAAUAAUUCACUUUGGAGAGAAGCCUUUCAUCUGCCAAAAGUGUGGAAAGAGCUUCAGCCAAACCAUACACCUUAAAACACACAUGCUAGUUCACAAUGAAGAGAAGCCAUUCGCCUGCCAAGAGUGUAGAAGUAGUUUUAAUUAUAAACAUAACCUCAAAGCCCACAUGAGAAUUCAUUCUGGAGAGAAGACUUUCACCUGCCAAGAGUGUGGAAAGAGCUUCAAACAAAACAUACACCUUAAAACACACAUGCUAGUUCACAACAAAGAGAAGCCAUUUACCUGCCAAGAGUGUGGAAGGAUUUUUAAUCAUAAACAUAACCUUAAAGCCCACAUGAGAAUCCACACUGGAGAGAAGAUUUUCACCUGCAAACAGUGUGGAAAGAGCUUCAAACAAAACAUACACCUUAAAACACACAUGCUAGUUCACAACAAAAAGAAGACAUUCACUUGCCAAGAGUGUGGAAGGUGUUUUAAUCAUAAACAUAACCUUAAAGCCCACAUGAGAAUCCACACUGGAGAGAAACCAUACACAUGUCAGUGUGGAAAAAGUUUCAAACAGAAAAUAACACUUCGAAAUCACAUGAGAGUUCACACUGGAGUGAAGCCUUUCCCGUGUCUUCAGUGUGAGAAGAGAUUCGCUUAUAAAAAAGACUUGAGGCGUCAUUUGCAAACACAUUUUAGCAAGAAAUAGGGGGUUCUGAGUUUUACAAGUUUACAUAAAGGAGCAAUUUCAAAAAUCACCAGCACAUUAUCUCUGGAGGAAGCUGAUUUAAUCUUGAUCGGUGUAAUAAUAUCUUUUGCCAUCAAAAUUACAAAUUCAUAUGAAAAGCCAUGCAGAUGUGAGACCAUAUUUGUGUUCUUUGUAAAGUGUUUUAAAUGGUUCAUUACCAUAAAAUAUGUAUUUAUGUGAAAUUAAGGCUGCGUUCACAGCGCAGCUUUAAUGUGUCCCAAAUCUGAUUUUCCACUAUCAUGAAUAUUUUCAUUAUUUUAUCUUUUUAUAAUUUGUGUAAUUUCGCCUGAUUUUAUUAUAUAUGAAUGUGAACCACUAUGGCGUCACCCGACUAUUUUAUUCUCUGUUGUUCAGUACUUCUCAAAUCCUUUGUUGUCCCAAUGUGCACCUUUGAGAAUAUAUAUAUUUUUCAUAAUAGAGUGUUUAUCUUACACUGAACAACAAUUGUUACAUUUUUACAAUAUUAUUAUUGACUUGGUACCCAAGUGCUGGAACUUUUGCCAGCAUUGAGUUGGAAUAAACAAGAUGUAAUAAAAUCCUUAAUGAAA